AUGUCAUCAAGCAACGCAAGACAACCUCUCACUCAAAAAGAGGUAAUUAAACAAGAAUAUGAAAAGGAGAUUUUCAGUGAAAAGAGUUUACAAAUGAAACAGCAUUUGGUGUUUGACUCAUCACUAGAUCCGCCAGCAAUGUUUUCACAAUAUUUCGGAAUUAUCAAACCGCAAGGAGUGAGAUAUUGGAAAGAUUUCUUCAAUGAAAAGCUACCAGAAAAGCCACGAUUUUACAUGGACUCGAAUGACAGGGCAUGUUUGCUUGUUUCAUUUGAGCAUGAUCGCGUCACUGAUGUGAUCGAUUUCAUGCUUUCAAUUAUCAAUAAUGGGUCCAAUCAUAAUUACAAAUUUGAAAAGUUUAUUACUCAAGGUAACGCAGCCAAUGACUUUCCAAAAGAAAUGUCCCAACAUGAUAAAGAAAGCCCCCUGAAAUCUUUGGAAGAGUAUAAACAAGAAUUUGGCCAAGAUUAUGCUGUCGUGUCUCCAGGAACAGAUGCCUUCUUUGCUCGUUCUUUCGAAGAAGAUUGUUUUCUGGUACCAAAUAGACACAAAUUCGGAACAAAUAUCGAACGAUAUGAAUGGAAAUUACACAAUUCAAAAUUUGCAGUUGUCUAUUACUCCAAAACUGCACAAAAGGUUCUUUUUCUCUUUCGCAAGUAA